GUCGCGUCACGCCCACCACCAGACUGACUGGCACGAGGGGGACUACAAAUACGAGCGAGAUAACGGCGAGGACUGACACAGUAUUCCUCUCUGAGCAGGAGAUUCACUGAAAGCACAGUUUCAUCCAAGAACACAGCAGCAGACAUGGCUCAAGGUCUGGACAUUGACCGCUGGAACCUGGAGUGCGAGUUCAACAACACGGACCAUCGCACUGAUCUCAACGGCAUAGAUAGUCUGAUUGUAAGGAGGGGCCAACCUUUCUCCAUCAGCCUGUACCUUCGCUCUGGAAGCUACCAACCAGGAGUCACCUCUCUUGAUUUCGUUGCAGAGACAGGUCCUCAACCAUCUGAACAGUAUGGCACCAGGGCCUCCUUCGGUCUGUCUGCCAACGUUGACACUUCCCGCUGGAGCGCUGCUGUCACCAGUCCCCCUGGGGACAUGGUGGCCCUGUCCAUCUGCUCUCCCCCUGAUGCGCCCAUAGGCCGCUACACCCUGACCCUGGGGCGGUCAGGGAGGAUUGAGUUCAUCCUGCUCUUUAACCCUUGGUGCCCAGGAGAUGCAGUGUAUCUGGACAAUGAGCAGAGUUUGGCAGAGUAUGUCCUUUCUCAGGAUGGAAUCAUCUUUCGAGGCAGCUACAAACAUCCCAUCCCUACUCCCUGGAACUUUGGCCAGUUUGAAAGUGGAAUCCUGGACAUCUGUCUGAGGAUUUUGGAUAUGAAUCCGAAAUGUUUGAGAAAUCCUGGCAAGGACUGCUCAGGGAGGAGAAAUCCCAUCUAUGUUUCCAGAGUGCUUAGUGCCAUGGUGAACUGUAAUGACGACAAAGGGGUGGUGAUGGGAAGAUGGAAAGAUGGCUAUGAAGGAGGUGUCAGCCCCAUGUUCUGGAGGGGCAGUGUGGAGAUUCUGCGCAACUGGGACACCCAAGCCUGUCAGCCUGUUCGCUACGGACAGUGCUGGGUGUUUGCUGCAGUGGCCUGUUCAAUUUCCAGAGCCCUUGGCAUCCCCUGCCGAGUUGUCACCAACUACCUGUCAGCCCAUGACAACAACGGUGACCUGGUGAUUCACCGCUAUGUCAAUGAAAAUGGAGAACCCAGUCACCCUACAGAAAUGAUCUGGAAUUAUCACUGCUGGGUGGAGAACUGGAUGACCAGGCCGGACCUUAAACCUGACUUUAAUGGCUGGCAGGCCAGUGACCCCACACCUCAGGAGAAAAGUGAAGGAGUGUACUGCUGCGGCCCCAUCCCUGUCAGGGCCAUCAAGCAGGGCGAGCUCAUGUUCAAGUAUGAUGCACCGUUUGUCUUUGCUGAGGUCAACGCUGAUGUCGUCACCAUCAUGAAGAAAAAAGAUGGCAGCACAGCAAGGGUCAGUAGCGCUACUAUGGUGGGCCAGAAGAUCAGCACAAAGAGUGUGGGCAGUGACGCCAGAGAGGACAUCACUCAUCUCUACAAGUACCCUGAAGGGUCUAAUGAAGAGCGGGAGACUUUCAAGAAGGCCAAUCACCAAAACAAGCUGCUCCAGCAGCAGCAAAACCAAGGCCUACACCUCACCAUCAAGGUCACAUCAGACAUGAGGAAGGGCUGCGACUUUGACGUGUUUGCCGUGGUCACAAACAACACGCAAAGCGACAAGAAGUGCCGCCUGGUGUUUGGAUCUUGCGCUGUGACCUACAACGGGGUUCUGGGGCCGAAUUGUGGUUUUAAAGACCUGCUCAAUGUUGAGCUGUCACCAGGAGGAGAGAGGAGAGUCCCACUGAGGCUGAACUACUCUAAGUAUGGUGGAGCAAUCACUGAGGACAACUUAAUCCGUCUAGCAGCUCUUUUGGUGGACUACUCCACUGGAGACGCAACGCUGGCAGUGAGAAGCAUCGUGUUGGAUAAUCCUGAAAUCAAAGUCAGAAUCCUGGGUGAACCAAAGGAGAAUCGGAAGCUGGCUGCAGAGAUCACCCUCAAAAACCCUCUGCCAGAGACGCUGGACAACUGCUGCUUCAGCAUCGAGGGGGCCAACCUCACUGGAGGACGCGUCAUCUCUGAGAGGCUGGACUCCUCAGUGGGACCCGGGGAUGAUGCCAAGGUGAAAAUUUACUUCACUCCCACCCAUUCUGGGCUGAGAAAGCUGGUGGUUGACUUCGACAGCAACAAGUUGUGCCACGUCAAGGGCUACAGAAACGUCAUCAUUGGAAAAUAAAGCCUGGCAACCGUGUUUUUCAGAACUGUUAACUCAUUAGCCAUCUAAAGAUAAGCGAAUGCACCUGCUUUUGCACAGUAUUUAUACAUAAAACGCUUCUAUUUGAAUGCUUUAGAAUCUCACUGUAUAUUCCUGAUUGCUUCAUUUAUAUCUGUUUUUAUUCAGAGCCAUAGAUAUUUAAAUGUGAACACCUUGUACUCAAUGAGGCUGAUCAAACCUGUGCAUGCAAAACUUUGAACAGAAUACAUACUGUGAUCUGAAGUGAGGCUUUGUAUUUUGAGUACUAUGUACUAUUUUUAUAUUUUUAAUGCUACAGUUAAAAGACUUACACGUCUUGUUUUGUGAGAA